UGCCAACGCGUUCAGCAGGCUAGCAUUGAUCAUCUUUUUGUGGUCGACCGGGGCAAGAACCGAAAUCUCUCGGCGGACGAUGUCACUCCCUGGGCCUCCUGAGGAACCAUGGCCCACGAAAAUGAGGAAAGCCUGAGCCCGCUCAAGGCACUGCCCAAGUUGCGCACCGCUACUGCCGACCUAAUGUCACCGACGCGAUCGCGAACAGAUCCUCCUGAUGAGCGCACGCACCUCCACCGCCGGUUGCAUUCGUCCAGCCUGCGCAAUAGGGCUUUCACUGGAGGAGAGAAGCAUGGCUAUCGGCAUGCUGCAAAAGAGACCGUACAGUCUGCCAUGGAUCUGAAGCCCCCGAUCAGCUUUGAUUCCCUCCUCCGGCGUGACAAGAAAGGCGCAGAGUCAGGACGACACGGAGGCAGCAAGCAUAGCCAUCAGCAUCGAGCAUCACAACAGCAACGCGACGUGGAUGAAUGGACUCGUCAGCAAGCCCAGCUAGCCAAAAAGAGGGAGGUCAGGCCCGAAGACAUCGAGAAAGCAAAGAAGGAGAACGAGAAGCGCGAGAAAGUGCUGCGUGACGACCUGGCACUGGUUGAAGAUGUGGCCAUGAGCAGCACCAGACAGCUGGACGAUACAUAUUAUGCGAUACUCGAGAAGGCUUCUUUGCUCCGGAGCACCGUCUCGAGCUUGCAGCAGCUAGCAGAGGAGAGUCAAAGCAUGCAUGCGAAGUUCAAACAGGAAUCGGCUCAGCUCGAGCAGAACACGAAGACUACUUUCGACAGCUUUGCAGAAUUCGAGCCUCAGGAGAAGACCAUCAAUGGGCUGGUAGAUCAGCUUCAAGAGUCCAAACAGAGGACAGAUCGACUCAAUGAUCGAUUAGAAGCUGCUCGUCAUCGGAUGGAAGCAUACGAGGCGCGUGAGAAGCAGAAUCGAAGAACGAGCCGGCAACGAUGGAGUGCUGUAUGGAUAGUUCUAGCUGGUCUCAUCGUCUUAUUAAUUGCCCUCCUACUGGCAAGAAAUCGUGGCACACCCAGCAGUAACCCGAUCAGUGCUGUGGUGAAGCCUAAGCCCAAGCUGGAACGGGACCCGAUUUUGGACAAAAUUUUCGAGGAUCUAUAACAUGAACGAUAUCCAGUCUAUCGCGUCGAUCAACAACUUCUCCAGUGUCUCUCGAGACGAGUUCUCGAUAUUCGUUCUUGGUUGCUCUCAGCCAUCG